CGCGCGGUCGCACUCGCAGCUUUUCCUCUCUCCAGCCCGUGGGCAUUGUUGUAAAGACAGAAGGACAAUACAAGAAUAGAGUGGCGGAUAAUAGAGCCUCAAAAGGGGCAUCAGGGAACCCGUCCUCUAUUGGACCCGAGCGGCUCUGUCCUCGUGCAUGAGCCACUAUAUGAGAGGCGUGUGGCGGCUGAAGUCGUAGUUUUCACAGCGACAGACACACAGACAGACAAACCGGGAUGAUUCUCAGACCGAGCGCAACUUUUGCGGUGCUCUCCGUUCACGUGCUGCUGCGGUGCCUGUGGAUGCGGGUAUGUGAGGCUUCGGGGCAUUUCGAGAUGCAGGUUUUGUCCAUGCAGAAUGUGAACGGGGAGCUGCAGAGCGGCGCGUGCUGUGACGGUGCGCGUGACCCGGCGGAGCGCUCCUGCGCGGCGGACCAGUGCGAUACGUUUUUCCGCGUAUGUUUGAAGGAGUAUCAGUCGCGGGUGUCUUCGGGAGGCCCGUGUAGCUACGGAAGCGGAUCUACUCCCGUUAUUGGUGGGAAUACUUUUUCUGUCAAGCCCCUCGACCAAACAAACGAUAAAUCCCGGAUCGUGCUGCCCUUCAGCUUCGCGUGGCCGAGGUCGUAUACGCUGAUUGUGGAGGCGUUGGACUUCAAUAAUGACUCAAGCACUGGCAGCAUAAAUGGACAAGUGAUCGAGAAAGCGGUGCAGUCGGGUAUGAUCAACCCGAACCGUCAGUGGCAGGUUCUGAAGCAUAAUGGUCCCGUGGCUCAGUUCCAGUACCAGAUUCGGGUGACCUGCGACGAGCACUACUUUGGCUUUGGCUGUAAUAAGUUCUGUCGGCCCAGAGACGACUUUUUUGGCCACUAUACCUGCGAUCACAAUGGAAACAAGACCUGUUUGGAGGGAUGGGCCGGCCCAGAAUGCAACACUGCUAUCUGUAAGCAGGGCUGCAGCAUUGAGCAUGGCUCCUGUAAAGUGCCUGGAGACUGCAGGUGUCUGUAUGGCUGGCAGGGUGAAUACUGUGAUCAGUGUAUUCCUCAUCCCGGAUGUGUCCAUGGAACAUGCGUCGAACCCUGGCAGUGCUUGUGUGACACCAACUGGGGAGGACAGCUUUGCGACAAAGACUUGAACACCUGUGGCACACUGCUGCCGUGUCUCAAUGGCGGCACCUGCAGUAACACAGGACCAGACAAAUACCACUGCGCCUGUCCUGACGGCUACUCUGGACAGAACUGCGAGAGAGCUGAUAACGCCUGUCUGUCGGAGCCCUGUCUGAACGGAGGCCUCUGUGUGGAGUCCAGUCUGGGCUUUGAGUGUCAGUGUGCGGCCGGCUGGACGGGACCCUCUUGCAGCAUCAAUGAAGACGACUGCAGUCCAAACCCGUGCAAUCACAGCGGUGUGUGUGUGGACCUGGUGGAUGGGUUCAAAUGCAUCUGCCCCGCGCAGUGGACCGGAAAGACCUGUCUCAUCGAUGCUAAUGAGUGUGAGGAAAGCCCGUGCGUCAAUGCCCACUCCUGCCGCAAUCUGAUUGGUGGAUACUUCUGCGAGUGCCUGCCUGGCUGGACGGGACAGAAUUGCGACAUCAAUGUCAACGACUGCCACGGCCAGUGUCUGAACGGAGGUUUGUGUAAGGAUCUGGUGAAUGGAUAUCGAUGUGUGUGCGCAGCAGGGUUUGCAGGCGAUCGCUGCGAGCGGGACGUGGACGAGUGCGCUAGUCGCCCCUGUCUGAAUGGCGGACGCUGCCAGGACACACUCAAUGGAUUCCAGUGUUUGUGCCCGCCUGGUUUCUCUGGUGUCACCUGUCAGCUGGACUUGGACUACUGUGAGAGUGGGCCGUGUCAGAACGGGGCUCAGUGCUUCAGUCUGACCUCAGAUUAUUACUGUAAAUGUCCAGAGGAUUACGAAGGCAAGAACUGCUCUCAGCUUAAAGACCACUGCCUCAUCACACCUUGCCAAGUGAUUGACAGCUGUACGGUGGCAGUGGUGUCGAACAGCACCCCAGGCGGUCUGAGGCUGAUCUCCUCCAGUGUGUGCGGUCCACACGGCCGCUGCCGCAGCCACAGCCACGCCGGAGGACACUUCAGCUGCGACUGUCAGGACGGCUUCACUGGGACCUACUGUCAUGAGAACAUCAAUGACUGUGAAAGUAGUCCUUGUCUCAGCGGCGGCACGUGCAUUGACAAAAUCAAUGCAUAUCAGUGUAUCUGUGCUGACGGAUGGGAAGGACCCAACUGUGAGACCAACAUUGACGACUGCCGCACGAACCCGUGUCGAGAUCGAGGAGUGUGUCGUGAUCUGGUCAAUGACUUUUACUGCGAGUGUGAAAACGGCUGGAAAGGAAAGACCUGUCACUCACGCGAGAGUCAAUGCGAUGAAGACACAUGCAACAACGGAGGCACAUGUUCAGAUGAAGGCGACUCUUUCAAGUGCUUGUGUUCACCUGGAUGGGAAGGAGCAACGUGUAAUAUAGCCAAGAACAGCAGCUGCCUGCCAAACCCGUGUGAGAACGGAGCCACGUGUGUGGUGACAGGCGACGGCUUCACCUGCGUCUGCAAAGAAGGCUGGGAAGGGCCCACCUGCAGCCAGAAUUCCAAUGAUUGCAACCCACAACCAUGUUAUAACAGUGGGACGUGUGUGGACGGGGAUAACUGGUACCGCUGUGAGUGCGCCAGUGGCUUUGCAGGACCAGACUGCCGCAUCAACAUCAAUGAGUGCCAGUCGUCUCCCUGUGCGUUCGGCUCUACCUGUGUGGAUGAAAUUAAUGGCUACCGCUGCUUGUGUCCACCAGGCAGAACUGGACUCAGAUGUCAGGAAGUCACAGGACGUCCAUGUGUGAUUGGCGGUCGGAUUGCUGUUGAUGGAGCAAAGUGGGCUGAAGAUUGCAAUACUUGCUACUGUCACAAAGGCAUUGUCACUUGUACUAAGCUGUUUUGUGGCCCUAAAGCGUGCCGUAUGCUUGGCUCGGGUCGAGGGGACUGUCCUCAGGGUCAGCUGUGUGUGCCAGUCCGCGAUGAACAGUGUUUCGUCAAGCCGUGUUCCUCUCAGGGCGAGUGCUGGUCUGCUCACCGGCCGGCCGUACGCACACACUGCCAACCUGACAGCCACUGCGCAAACGUCACCUUCACCUUCAACAAGGACACCAUGCCACAGGGGGUGACGGUGGAGCAGGUGUGUCGUGAACUCAGGCAUCUUUAUGUGGCAAAAAAUGUUACGUCUGAGUUUUCCAUCUCUGUGAGCUGUGAACUCUCGUCUGCAGCCAAUAACGAGAUCCAUGUGGCCAUCCAUGUGACUGAGGACGGCAUCCAUGGCCGGGUUCCUGUUAAGGAAAUUACAGACAACAUCAUUGAUCUGGUGAGCAAGCACAGCGCUAACAGCUCCGUCAUCGGCUCCAUCGCUGAGGUCCGAGUGCAGCGCAAACAACCGCAAAACCCCAACGUAGACUACAUGGUGCCAUUGCUGGUUUCAGUAGUAACUGCGAUCUGGGUUUUGGCCUUGGCAUCAGUGUUCCUGUGGUGCGUCCGUCAUCGCCGCAAACAAAGCUCCAGCGCCACCCCCAUUAACCCCACCAGCCCCUUCUCCGCAACUGAAGAAAACACGGUAAACAACGCCCGCGAGCAUCUCAACCAGAUCAAGAACCACAUCGAGAAAAACGCCUCCAAUGGCAGCCUGCCAGGAAAAGAAUUGCAUUGUGACGACAAAAACACAGUAAACGCCAAAAUCAGGACGCAAUUCCCUGAAUCUGACGCCAGUAGACGACUACAGAAAACACGGUUUCCACAGCAGCCGGCUUACAUGCUGGUGGACCGAGACGAUAGGUUGAGCUCCAACGGCACAGACGUAAAGAAACACCCACACUGGAUGAAUAAACGCGACAAUAGAGACCUUGAGUCGCAGCACCGGGUGCCAGAUUCACAGCACAGAGAUUUGGACUCGCAACACAGCUUGCAGAAAAUGGAGUAUAUCGUAUAGCGAUUGUUGCAUUCUCGGAAGGGCGAAGGAGCAUAAACCAAGACAUCUUUUGUAAAUCGGUAAGGUUAUUGUUAUAAGUGUUCGUUCAGGUGUUGCAGAACGACGGGCCACAGGCUGGUCCGGGUUUUUUUUGUAAUGUGCGUCAAUGUCUGAAGCUGCGUUGAACUUCUAGACAAAUCUACAAAAGCAGAACGAGAAUGGAGAGUCGUUCAAUUUUGAUAAUUGCCUGAAUCUCAUGAAGACGUUUCCUGGUCGCAGUUCAUCCCCUGAUUCGUAGAUAUGAACGUGUUCUUGUUGUUGACGUUUUGACAAUUUGUUCCCUGAAUUCUCAUUCCUAUAUAUAGUUUUUAUACUAAAUGCAAAUACUUUUUAUUAAAACCUUGCGAAACCAUUUCAGAACAUUUUAAAUUAUUCUAUAUUUUUUUUCAUUAUGUAAUUGUGAAUUACAGCAUGAUGUCUUUUUUAAACAUUGUUUUAAUGACA